AUGGAGAAAAAAUAUCCAGCAAUUGCAGGAAGAGAAAAAGGACCUGGACCUGGACGUUAUGGUCUUCCUCCCACCAUUGGAUAUAUCGGCCAUGACUUCACCAAGCCCACUAGCCCCGCUUAUUCUUUCCACGGCAGGAUGAGUGACAACAUGUACUGUGUAGACUCCAGUCCUGGACCUCAGUACCAUAUUGAUGCCCAAAUUACGCGCUUUGGAAAGGACGGCACUCCUGCGUACUCAAUGUUGGGUAGAGUGAAAGCACAGAAGGAGCUACUACAGACCCCAGGUCCAGGUGCAUAUAGCCCUGAACGAGCCCCCCCAUGUAACCUCCAGCGCAGACCCCCAUGCUACACAAUGGGUUAUCGCACUCACUACCGCAGCGUGGACACAGUACCUGCUCCUAAUAAGUACUGCCUCCCUCCGCUCAUGGGCCCCCACAUUCCAAACAAGCCAGCCAGUGCAAGCUACACCAUGUCAGCCAGUUACCCCACUGGUGGACCGUCUGUGGACCUCACCAAGACACCGGGGCCAUGCAGAUACAACAGCACAGACCCAAGUGUUUAUUUACCCCGACGACCCGCCUUCUCCAUGCUGGGGCGCCACAGUCUACCGAAAGAUAGCACAAAAAAACCUGGUCCCGGAACGUAUAACCCAGAGAAGGUGACAGUUCACAAGGCCCGGGCCCCGGCGUACUCCUUAGGCAUCAGACACUCGGAAUUUAUCACACCACUAAUUGUGAAUGUUUCUGAUUAA